AUGGAUCCGUGGCAACCUUCACCAAUCCAAAGUAUCAACGGCGAAGAUCCAGAGCGUUUCUUUACUCGAUUUGCGCAGAAACACUCUUCUGGCAACAUCGAGCCUCAUGCGGACUGGAACUCCCUGAUGUACAGUCCGGCGCAAACGAUCCAAUUCGAAACCGAACUCUUCCGCGACCUCGUGCUCUACCCUGGCGACACUAUAACAAUAGUAUUCGAGAAUGGAACGCAACUCGGGCCCGAGCCGUUCAGCGCACUCUAUGUCGAUCCUGGACCGACCGGACCUCUUGAGACGGGCGGAGAUUUCUACAACUUUUUUGUUCUCGGACUGUAUCCCGCUGGAUUCUACCAGGAUGUCAUUGAACCCUUUCUGGAAAGUUUUGCACCGCGGAAAAUCGUAACGGCUCCUACAUCUGAGACUGCGCCCGCCCAACCCGAUACAGAUCCUACCGUAUCUUCUUCUCCCUUGGACGUGGAUUGGGCCCUCCUAAACCCAGCAUACCCAAAGCCAAACUUGCUACAGGCUAAUGUUGGCCAAUCGAGUGGCCCGUUGAUUUCGGGGUAUUUCCUUGAGGGGACUGACCUCGCCGUCAUCAGCAUACCCAGUUUCAAAACCCGCGGAUAUGGAGCAAAAGCGUUUGGUUCCGCAAUUAGCCAAUUCAUCUUAAAAAGCGCCGAUAAAGGCAAGAAAAGAAUUGUGAUUGAUCUUCAGCGGAAUGGUGGUGGAUCAGCAACGCUUGCAGUCGAUGCUUUCAAGCGAUUCUUUCCCGAUCUGGACCCAAUCCUAGGGACUCGGAUGCGUGCUCACGAUAUGGCCAAUGAUCUUGGACGUGUCACAGAUGAGUUUUGGAAGAAGGAGGGAGAGUUUGACGGGUACAACGCUGCUGCCUGGAGAUUUACUCUAGCCUCCAGUGACUGGGUUGCAUCGAAUCGCAUUGAUGCCGACACGAAUGACAGCUUCGCCAGCUGGCAGGAAUUCUACGGACCGAGGGAGCUCCAUGGUGACAGUUUUACGAAGACACAACGGUACAACUACUCGAAUAUCUUCUACGUUACAGACUCUCUAUCUCAGCCAGAGUCUUUCUAUAUUGUCUAUGGCUACGAAGGAAACCCAGCCGACAAAAAGGGACUAUUCGCGGCCGACAGUAUUACAAUACUCACUGAUGGACUAUGUGAUUCAGCCUGCGCAUUGUUCGUCGAACUGAUGCGCCACGAGGCCGGAGUAAAGGCAGUCGUAGCCGGCGGCCGUCCUGUAGCAGGGCCCAUGCAAGCUACCGGCGGCACUCGUGGGGCACGUGGACACUCACUUUCCGCUUUAGACAUCGAUAUCGACUAUGCCAAAUCAGACUUUGCCCCUUACCUCAAGAAGGAAGUGACUUCACUUCCGGAGAGGAUCAACGAUAUCUACACGUUCUCCGGCGGGGUGAACAUCCGCGACGCUAUCCGGAAAGGCCAAGACGUACCGCUCCAAUUCCUUUACGAUCCCGCUGAUUGCCGAAUCUUCUACACUCAAGAGACUCUGUUCAAUCAGACAGCACUAUGGCUAUACGCUGGACAGGCACUGCGAUCCCCAGACAGCCAUUGCGUGGCCAACUCCACCGGUCAAAAUCGACUGAACCCACCAGAACCCGCUCGUCCUCCGCCAAUAAGUAAUGUUCCCAGCGACUACCUUGAUGGUCCACUCAAGGAAUCAAUUAUUGCGCUUGGGGACGAUGGUGUUGAAUCGGGACAGAAACAGGUGCGUUUCACUUGGAUCGCCUUGGUCUGA